GUCAACAGGACUGUGAAUAUAUAUAUACGUAUAUAUUGGGUGGUGGAGUGGUACUGCACGGUACGAGUACGAGUGCUCUGAUAUUAUAGCACCAUCCUGCGAGUAGAUAAUCACUUCAUCUCGAGAUAUUUGCAGGUGACAAGACAGGGAAGGCGUCCCCAUAUGGUAUUCCUUGGGCCCGUCAAUCACCGCCCACGGAAGGGCAAAAAGAAAAAGUCUCUAAAAUCGCCGAACAAAAAUAAGAAGGGAUCAAACAAGCUUCCUUCUAUUCAUCUUCUCUCUUCCCUUCCUUAUAUUGUGCUCCCGAACCCUCCUUCAUUCCAUUAUCCUUGCCGCCGCUGACCGAGGUUUGCCCUUUCACCAACAACCAUCUCCUCCGGUUUCCCUAAAAACGCUCUCGCUUCAUCCCACAUCUCACUCACCACACCAACCUCAGACCCCUUCACCCCGGAACACGAGACUUGUAACAAGCAACCGGCUAACGAUCAAACCUUGCGAAAGCCUCUCCCUCUCCCUCUCUCCCUCUCUCCCUCUUCAUAACCACCCACCCGCCUACAGCUAACUCUCAACCUUCAACCUUUCCAUCCCACAAAUCAAAAUCACAAUGAAUCCGCCUCGUCAGCAGAAGGUUGACCUUAACGUGAGUGGUUCCCCCCCGACUUACCCCACCUCCCCGCAUUGGAUCAUCCCGUGAAGGGAGGAGAGAAGGAAAGAAGGAAAGAAAAAGAGUCCUUAUCCGACCCGCUUUGGACCGUAUCACACUAUCUUAAUUGAAGCAUGACCAAAAACUGACGAUAAGUGAGGGAAAUCUGGAGGUGAGGCCGUUCUUCGCCGAUGGGUUAUUAUUCAAGACCCUCCCAGCGAACGAAUGACCACACCUUCCCAGAGUCCCGUGUCUUUCACAAUUCACAGUCCUUGAGCGAAGAGGAGAAGAGGCUUUUUACACGAUACGGGAGGCUUCCGUCCAAGAAGGAUAUGCUCAAGAGCAAACUUAAAGUAUUCCUUCCCCCCUCCCCCCGCCGCUGCCCGCUCCUUUUCACCAAGCUAAUGGAGCGAUAUAAAAAAAAGGAACGCAAGUACUUUGACUCAGGAGACUAUGCCCUCUCGAAAGCUGGUAAGGCCUCGGACGUCGGCCUGACAAACAUCGGCUCCCAGCACCCUCUCCCCGAGAACAUCCCCCACCACACCGCCGCCGGCACGCCCACGGGCACUAGCGGGAACUCGGGAUCUCCCGUUAAGGAGAGUCCCCUCCUCCAUGCCAAGAGCCCGAUGGGUUCGCAGCCCCCUACUGAAGGAGAGGAUGUCGGGGAUGCUGGGGAGGCUUCAGCGGUAGCGGCGGAGAAGGGUGUUGGAGGGAGUGCUGCACCUGCGGUGCCCAUCCCUUCUCAUUAGGUGGUCUCCUUUUUUUUUCUUCUAGAACUUGUGGAAGCUUUUUGACAUUCUUUUCUUCUUCUUCUCUCCAUCUUCAUCAUCUUCCUGUUUUCUUUCAACUUGGCGGAUAGGUGAGGGGAGGGAGGCUAGGGGACCUCAAUUGGUGCGGGAGAUUAUCAUCAUUGGGAAAUGAGAAAUACGGUUGCCGUUUUUGCCUCUUAUCUUGUCUGCGUCCGUCUGCUACUGCUCUUAUUUACUUGCUCUUGCUGUUUUUUGUUUUACCGGUGGUGCUCUUGGAAUCCUUUCUCGGUUUUUACUUCUUUCUCUCCUGUUUUCUUCACCUCACCUCGCACACACUUCAAACCAUAUCUUCUCUCGCCCUUGCAAUUUACAAUCCCCACUCGGAUCGAUAGCCGAUAUAGUCCCGCGGCGUUUUCGGAGGUUGGGUUGGGUUAAGUUGAGCUAGUCUAUCAUAGUUUGCCUUCCAUUAUUAUUAUUGCUAUUUGGAAAGGGAAAAAAGGAAAAAAAGAAAAAAAAGAUGAAGACUCCCAUCAUUCUCUCUUAUUCACUUUCCUCUCCUUUUUCCUCACGUUGUGCCAUUGUUGUACGUGUUCGGUGCCCGGGUACAGCACAGUACUGUACGUUAUUAACGCUAUCAAUGUAGGGAGCAUGAUACCUCCAGUGCGAUAUGCCACUUACAGCAGUAAGGUUCGAAGCUCCCAGUCCACUGGUAGAGAAUUACCGCAACUGCUACACACUUGCCGUACCAUGAUUUCCACGCAAAAAAAAAGAAAAAAGCAGUUUGCGGUAUCUCUCUCUCUCUCUCUCCUUUUCCUUCUUCCUUCUAUUUCUUUUAAGCUGGCGACAAACUAUAAAGCACCGGAACAAAAUUCUCCCUUGAAAAAACACGCAGGCUAUGGAACGGUCACUUCAUUCACUCGAGCUUAACUCCAUCAAUCACCGCCAAAGAUGGGCGAAGGAGAAGAUGUAUCACUACUUGCUGGGCGCAUAUGGGCCUGGAGGGGCAUGAAGAUUUCCCUACAUUGAGUACCGGUAAUAUCUAAACUACCUGGCAGCAAAGUUUUGGCACAGUACAUUGCAGCUGCUUUCGGA